AUGAAAACUCAGCCUUGGCAUAAGCACCCUACAUCUUUAAAGCCGUGCCGGUUUGUAUUCUCAUCAUUCUUGUCAUCCGAUAUGGCCGAUAUUCAUGAAAUCUCCGUGAGGCGAAUGCCACAGCAAGAGGGUGUUCAGACCCCGAAAGAUGAUUGGACCGGGACUACUGAUCGCGUUCAGCGAAGAAAAUUACAGAACCGGCUAAAUCAGAGAUCUUAUCGCACACGCAAGAAGCUUCAGCAAAACGCAGAGGAUGACGCCUGGUUACACAUGCUCACUCAAUCUGGGUUCACCCCACCCAUUCAGAUCGAUCGGGAUGCAGCUAGCUUCACCUGCACCAUCGCUCCACCCGAAGUCCACUCAAUGAUGCGCCAAUUUGAGGCCAUUGCACUAUCAAGCUACCUCCAUAACUCUCCCACGACCGACCACCUGCUAUCACUGUCCAAGUUGAACAUUCAGCGUGCAAUUAUCGAAAACAUUCACGCCGUAGGAAUGACAAUGGAGUGGACGCAGCGAGAUGAAUCAAUUUCUAUUUUCAACAUGCCCACACCUCAAUUACCUGAUUCAUCAAUACCACCUAGUCUGCGACCGACCCAGUGUCAGCGCCUUAUACCUCAUCACCCUUGGUUAGACUUUUUCCCUUUUCCAAAUAUGCGGGACAACCUCAUAGCUGUUCAGGAUAUCAUCGAUGAUGAUGAUCUUUGCCAUGAUCUGAUGGCUUUUUGGGACACGAGAAAUACAGAUGCCACUAUGCUAGUAUGGGGCCAAUCAUGGGAUCCAGGAAAUUGGGAGGUAACUCCGGCCUUUUUACGUAAAUGGGGAUUUUUGCUUCGAGGAUGUGAAGAUUUGAUGAGAAGCACCAAUCAGUGGAGAGUCAAAAGAGGAGAAAAGCCAAUUUCAUGGAAGGCAACGUUGGCCAUGCUGUAUAAAAGACCAAUCUCCCGAAGCCAGACGAAUCCAUGA